CUCGCGUCCUUCUUUCUUCAGAGCAUAUCUGCAAUUGCCUCUCCAAUCCCCGGCAUGCUACAGACGGAAGCCGUCGAGAAAUUUUCCGACAUUCCAGCCCCAUAGUUUGCGGGUACGAAGAUUAAGUGCAGAAGUAUAUCGCUGCUGCGACGGUGUAUAUUUGGGAGAGAAUGAGAGGGUUGCAGCUGCCGUUAACCCAAACGCAAAGAGUAAGACUGCAAAGGGCACUUGAAAAGCUCGAGUCUUUGUCGGCGAAGGCGAAUUCUGAUGCCUCUGUCAUCAUUGCCGAUUCAAUUCCCGUCAACUACGAGGACGCCUUUCUCAAGGGACAUGGAACCACUGAACUCGAUGGCGAAUUGGUGGCCACCGUGUGCGGAGUGGUGGAGCGAGUGAACAAGUUGGUCUAUGUCCGGUCCUUACGAGCCAAGUACAAGCCAGAGGUUGGUGAUAUCGUAAUUGGACGGGUGGUUGAGGUUGCUCCAAAGCGUUGGAGAUUAGAGAUAAAUUUCAGCCAAGAUGCAAUUUUAAUGCUUUCUUCAAUGAACAUGCCUGAUGGUAUUCAGAGGCGGCGAACUGCUUUGGAUGAACUCAAUAUGCGCAGUGUUUUUGAAGAGAAUGAUGUUGUCUGUGCUGAGGUUCGAAAUUUCCAGAAUGAUGGCAGUUUACAACUCCAAGCAAGAAGUCAGAAAUAUGGGAAGGAUAAAAGGUACUACUCUGACAGCAAUGAUUACUUGGAAAUUUGCCGCUGCUAUAAGGCAAUAUAUGAGAUUCCAUCUGUCAAAGAAAACUCAGUGCAGUGGAUACCGGUUCUAAGAAAAAUCUGUUGGUACUUAGUCCUUGCACCACAUGAUCCUAUGCAGUCAAGCCUUCUUAAUUCCACUUUAGAGGAUAAAAAUCUUUCUGAAAUUCCAAAUUUUAGAUCAUUGCUGAAACAAUUGGUCACAAUGGAGGUUAUCCAGUGGACAUCCCUUUGGAAUACAUACAAGGAUGAAUUUGAUGGGGAGAAGAGUUUGCUUGGAGGUCCUUUGGGUGAAAAAGCUGCUGAAGAUCUAAGACAGAGAAUAAUUGAGCAUAAUAUCCUUGUUGUUUCUAAGUAUUACUCAAGGAUCACAUUGAAGAGACUUGCGGAGCUGUUGUGUUUGACCAUUCAGGAAGCUGAGAAGCACCUUUCUGAAAUGGUUGUUUCUAAAACACUUGUGGCCAAGAUUGACAGGCCAAUGGGAAUAGUCUGUUUCCAAAUAGCAAAGGAUAGCAAUGAAAUCCUUAACUCAUGGGCAGUGAACUUGGAAAAACUUCUGGAUCUUGUGGAAAAGAGUUGCCACCAAAUACAUAAAGAAACCAUGGUUCACAAAGCUGCACUGAAAGUUUGAAAACAAUGAAAUGUUGACUGCAGCCGUGUUGAGCUGGGUGGGUUUGAACUGCAAGGAAGUGAUCUUAUCUUUGAUGAGGCAUGCUUUUGUUUGGUUUUCCUUUGGAAGUUCUCUCUUUUGUUUUGGUCAGCGUAGAGAACAGAAGUAUGCUUCCUUUAACCGAAAGAUUGUCGCCACUGACUAAUCCCAGAAACCUAAACCAAUAGCAGUGGAAUGAAAUCAUUGCUUUUUCCUUUUUAUUUAUAUUCGUGGCAUUGUGUAAGAUUUCACAUGAUUCACACUUUUACUACUAUAUUCUUUUUAACUUUGACAAAAAUGUGUUAUUUCACCCAAAAUUUAGUGG